AUGAGCAUCACCUCAGAUGAGCUGCUCCAGAACUUUUUCAAGACGGGAAGCACCGUCAGUCUGCCCCGCAUUGACUCCGAGUCGCAGCUGAACGGCUCCGUGGCGCUGGCCCUGGGCCGCGCCAAGCUGGAGGCCGAGGACCGCGGCGCGGGUAACAACGAGGGCCAGCCCGGCUCCGCCACCUGCGGCCCUCGCUCCGAGGGCGGGUCGCGCGGCGACACGCCCACCGCGCACGGGCGGGGCCUGGCGGCGUCCGCGCUGACCGCGCCUGGCCUGCCCCAGCAGCCCGACUUCCCCUCCGGCAACCUGCAGAUCGCGGGGCUGCAGGGCGCAGGCCCCCACAUGGUGCUCAACCCCAACGGCGGGCUGGCGCUGGAGCCGGGCAGCAAGCAGGCGGUGCGGCGCGAGCGGCGCAUGCUGUCCAACCGCGAGUCGGCGCGGCGUUCACGCAAGCGGAAGCAGGAGCACCUGUCCACCAUGGAGGCGCGGCUGGCGGAGAGCGAGCGGGGCAGGGAGGAGGCGCUGGCGCGCUGCGCGCGCCUGGCCGAGGACCUGCGCCGGCGCGACGUCGAGCUGGCGGCGCUGCGCGCCGACCUCCUGUGCCGCGGUGGGCCGGACGACGGCGCGGCGCCGGCUGCCGAGGCCGGGGCAGGAGCCUGA